AUGGCGGAGAACAAUACAACUUGGUCCUCACUACUAAAGCAACAGCCAAAGCCAGAACAACAACGGAAGUCACAACCGAAGCCGCAGCUGAUGCCGCAGCCGAUGCCACAGUCGAUGGUACAGCCGAUGCCACAGCCGGAGAAGAUGCCACCGCCGGAGUCGAUACCGCAGCCGAUGCCACAACCGGAGGCGAUGCCGCAGCUGAUGCCACAGCCGGAGCCGGAGCCACGUCAAGUGAUACAGCUGCGCACGGCUAUAGAGCGAACAGCGCAGGCUCCUGACAAAUUGCCCGAAGAAUACCAGCAGGUCGUUAUGAUGCUCCAGUCUCUGAUGAAUACCGUUCGAAUGCUUUUAAAUAACCUGCUCACUCCGUCAGCGCGAAGUGCAAUGCAAGUGCUGGGUGCUCUCAAUUCAGUACUUGCAACUCUUCUGUAA